AUGAAUACGGGAUUGUUCGGUCCAAAGACGUCAUCAGAAAGUAGUCGAAGACCAGAACCAAUUGAUGUGAACCAUUCACCAGAUUAUGGAUGGAGGCACAUAUUAUUAGAACAAGGUCCCGAAGCAUUUGCUAAGGCUGUUCGUGAUUAUCAUGGUGUUUUGAUUAUGGAUACAACAUGGAGAGAUGCUCAUCAAAGUUUAUUGGCUACCAGAGUCAGAACUAUUGAUCUUUUGAGUGUAGCACCUCAUACUGCACAUGCACUUGCUAAUGCUUACUCACUUGAAAUGUGGGGCGGAGCAACAUUUGAUGUUGCCAUGCGAUUCUUAUAUGAAGAUCCUUGGGAUCGUUUAGCAAAAUUACGUGAAAUUGUUCCAAAUAUUCCAUUCCAAAUGUUAUUACGUGGUGCUAAUGCAGUAGGUUACACAUCAUACCCAGACAAUAUAAUUUAUGAAUUUUGUCAAAAGGCAAAAGACUACGGAAUGGAUAUAUUUCGUAUUUUUGAUUCGUUAAAUUACAUUGAGAAUAUGCGACUUGGCAUAGAUGCUGUCAAGAAAGCUGGUGGAGUUAUAGAAGCAGCAAUUUGUUAUACAGGAGAUAAAACAUUGGCAAUUUUUGUAUAUAAUGUUGUUUGCAAUGAUAAUGUUGCUGCAUAUGAUUGCGGAGAAGAAGCAAAUCUUUGGAUUAAUGGCUUUUUAGUUAGCGAAGGUGUUGAUGGUAUAAAAGCCAAAAUUUGUUUUAAAGACCCUGAUGAAAUUAGAACUAUUAGGAGAAAUCUUCCGCCAAAAGAUGAAUUUGUAAAAAUUUAUCAUAAUCUUGAGGUUUCUUUUUCAGAUGCAACUCCGUUUCUGAUCAUUACACAAGAAUCAUUGUCAGAUCUUAAUAGUCGCUUGGUGAACCCUGUUGAAACAAGAAAUUUCAGACCAAACAUUGUUGUAAAAGGGAGUCAAAAGGCUUAUGAAGAAGAUACUUGGAAGAAGAUAUUGAUUGGAGGGCAUUUAUUUUUUAUUAUUAGCAGAUGGGAACGUAAUGCUUUAGAACCGUUGAAAACUUUACAAUCGUAUAGAAGAGUCGAUAAAGGUGCAAAAUAUCAUGCUUGUUUUGGAAUGAACGCAAUUCAUAGUGAAACAGAUAUAAUCAUCAAAGUUGGAGAUUUGGUUGAAGUCGUCGAAACCGGAGAACACCAGCGAGAAAAACAAUAG